AUGGUGUCACUUCCAAAGUUUUCGACAAUCACCUGGGCUCUCUACUUGAUCCCAGUGUAUAUCUUUAUCCUCGACCCGCUAUUGCGCGAAUACUUCCCGAGCCUGCUAGCACCACCUAGUGACAUUGACGAUGUCUUCGACGAGUCCGGCGCACCAGGACUAGGGAUUGACCUCACCGACGACACCUUCAUCAGCCCCGAAGAUGGCGUACCGUUCAAUUGCCCCAGCACAGAGGGCUAUCGCGUGCACCUCCUCUCGCGCGAACCGCUAGUCAUGUACAUCGAAAACUUCAUCUCCGAAACCGAAGCAAACCACAUCUUAGACACGAGCGUGAACAAAUACACCCCUUCAAUUGUCUACGACGGCAAAAUUGAACGAGUAGAUCCGACAAAGCGCCUCUCCGACCGUGCCCUCCUCGACCGCGACGACACAGUCCGCUGCCUCGAAGAUCGCGCCCGCGCCUUCCAGGGCUGGCGUUCAGACCUGUACAUCGAGCGCAUGUGGGCGCAGCGCUACAAUGCUUCCGGUCACUAUCGCCACCACUAUGACUGGGCUGGGUCGCUUGCGCGGGGAGGGGAUCGGUUUAGCACGUUUAUGGUAUAUCUCGAUGCGGACUGUGAGGGUGGGGGGACAAAUUUUCCGCGAUUAAGGAUGCCGGCCGGAGAAGGAUGGUGUCGAUUUUUGGAGUGUGACCAGCGGGGAGUGGAUGAGAAGGGGUCAAGCAAGGUGGAGCAGAUGGGUGUCACGUUUAAGCCUAUUAAGGGUAAUGCAGUGUUCUGGGAGAAUCUUCGGGGGGAUGGAACGGGGUAUUCAGAGACUUGGCAUGCUGCGUUCCCUGUUACGAAAGGAACGAAGGUUGGGUUGAAUGUAUGGAGUUGGUACCAGCCAAAGCGGAAGCACCGCUUGGGAAGGUAA